UUUGAAGAGGGCUGAGCUCUUUUUCUUUUUUUUUGGAUUAUUAUUAUUAUUGCAAGAGAACGCCAAUUUCUCUUAUUAUUUCACUGCUGAAACAACAACCGGCGAAAAAGAAAAAAGAAAUAAAGAAAGAAGCUGGACCGCGCGUUAUAGACGCUCAUUAACUCCAAAGAAAUCCACGCGAAGAGGGAGGAAAAGAAACAGCGGGAAGACGAGCGUUAUAUCUAAGUGGCGUCCUCAGUCUAAACUGAUAUGGCUGCUGCAUUUAAGAAACCCGAACCCCUGCACUUGGCCUUGUGGAUCUUCCUUCUGCACCUCAGCCUCCUUCCUCAAGCCAGGGCCGUCGUUGGACACAAAGAGCCACUGCCUGGUGACAGUAAAGAUAACAUCACCAUUUACACCCAAAUCUUAGACAGACUGUUGGAUGGAUAUGACAACAGACUACGCCCUGGACUGGGAGAGAGCGUGACAGAAGUGAGGACAAACAUUUACGUGACAAGCUUCGGGCCAGUGUCAGAUACAGAUAUGGAGUACACCAUCGACGUGUUUUUCCGCCAGAGUUGGAGAGAUGAGAGACUGAAAUUUGACGGACCGAUGCAGAUUUUGCCACUCAACAACCUCCUGGCAAGCAAGAUUUGGACACCUGACACGUUUUUCCACAACGGGAAGAAAUCGGUGGCCCACAACAUGACAACUCCGAACAAACUUCUCCGACUAGUUGACAACGGCACUCUUCUCUACACGAUGAGGUUGACCAUUCACGCCGAGUGCCCCAUGCACCUGGAGGAUUUCCCCAUGGAUGCGCACGCUUGUCCCCUGAAGUUUGGAAGUUACGCUUACACCAACAACGAAGUGAUUUACCUCUGGACCAAAGGAGCCGAGAGGCCCGUCACCGUGGCAGAUGAUGGCUCCAGGCUCAACCAGUAUGACCUACUGGAUCACGUCAUUGGCAAAGAAACCAUUAGAUCCAGCACAGGCGAAUAUGUGGUGAUGACAACAUAUUUCCAUUUGAAAAGGAAAAUUGGCUAUUUUGUCAUCCAAACCUACCUUCCCUGCAUCAUGACUGUCAUACUGUCACAGGUGUCCUUCUGGUUAAACAGAGAGUCGGUUCCUGCGCGCACCGUAUUCGGGGUCACCACAGUCCUCACCAUGACAACCCUGAGCAUCAGUGCUCGCAACUCCCUCCCUAAGGUUGCCUAUGCCACAGCCAUGGACUGGUUCAUGGCCGUGUGCUAUGCAUUUGUCUUCUCUGCCUUGAUUGAGUUUGCCACAGUCAACUACUUCACCAAGCGCAGCUGGGCGUGGGAUGGGAAAAAAGAGGGCAUGGAAAUCAGGGAACCGUUUCAGGCUAACAUGGCCAGGAUUAACGAUAUGAGAAGAGAAUCUGCGACGCUCUCCAAAAAGGCAAAUAAUACCUUCAACAUUGUUGGAACGACCUACGCCAUCAACGUAGCAAAAGACCAAGGUUUGACAACCAUUUCUAAGAGUGCCGGUGCCGGUGCCGGUGCCGGUGCUUGUGCUGGUUCCGGUGCCGGUGCCGGUGCUGGGGCGUCCACCAAACACUCCUACCUUCACAAUAUGGAUGAUCCCUACACAGAAGCCAAGAAGUCUUACAACCGAGUCAGCAAAGUGGACAAGAUAUCACGCAUCAUUUUCCCUGUUCUUUUCUUCAUCUUCAACUUGGGCUACUGGGCCACUUACGUCAACAGAAAGCCCGCCAUCAUAGAAGCAAACAACCUCAACUAAAUUCAGAAAGUCAGUCUUGAUCUGGGUUAGGUAAUGGAGGGUAGACAGCUUUACAAGAGACCAUGAACAUCUUGUUGUGUAUGUGUGUGCCCGUGUCAAUACUCUCACUGGACAUUUCAUUAGGCACACUUGCGACAUCUAAUGAGAUCCAAUACAAGAGUUUUCCAUUUGUAUUUUAUUAUAUAUUUUUUGCCUAUUAAUCAAUCCAACAAAAUAAUACCAUAAUAAUACAAUUCCAAUUCCAAAACCAUACCCGGCCCAGCAACAUUCAGAAUAGCAAUUGAGAGGACACACAAACAUGACACAAAACAAUCCAAAAGUAGUCAAACGAAAAUUAAUAAUAUCAUUAACAGUAUCAAUAUUAAUAAGAAUUCCAACAUAGCAGUGAUUAGAAAUCCCUCAUUGACAUUAUCAUCACAGCCAUUUAUAAAAAUAAAAAAGAACAAUAGUGUCACAGUGGCUUAUACUUGCAUUGCAUCUCAUAAGCUUGACAACACAUUGUGUCCAAUAUUAUACACAAAUAUAAAAUAAGUCAUAUUU